AUGGCAUCGUCUGUGCGAAACGGUCACUACGAUGGCGGUGCGAACGGAAGCUCGCAGGGUACGACCUUUGCGAACCCCGUCAGCAAACGAUUCCUGGACGUGCCGGCUACCAUCGAUGUGCCAACGCAGGACGAGGAUGAAGCUGUCGAGAUCGGGCUCGAGAACCUUGUGGACGACCCGACCGAUCUCUGCGACCUUUUUGAGAACGAGAACGCAGCGCGCACGUACUGGAUGACGGUGUCCCUCGCGUACGCCAAACAAGGCAAGAUCGAGAACGCGAUCGAGAUGCUCGUCCGCGGCGGCAACGCGAUGCAGAACAACAACCCGAAAGAGAAGCUGAGCAUUGUGGCCUGCCUGUGCUGGAUGUACCUGUGGAAGAGCAGGCUGGCACCCCGGGUGGCACCGGAAGGGUCGCUGGUGUCGGAGGCCAGGACGAAAGAAUACUACCUGCAACUGGCCACGUCAUCGCUGAACGAGGCUUCGCGCAUCAACCCUGCCUACCCUCCGCUGUUUCUGGCGCGCGGCGUGCUGCUUCUUCUUAGGGCGUCGUUGCAGCAGCCAUCGUCGUCGGCUGCGGGUGGCCAGGUAGACGGCGAGAAGGCGGAGCUGCUCCGGGCGGCGAUGAAGUCCUUCGACGACGCUUUGCGCGUGUCGCAGGGCAGGAACAUGCUGGCACUGAUGGGAAAGUCACGGGCACUGUACUCGAUUGGGAAGUAUGCACAGGCGCUCUCAGGAUACCAGGAGGUGCUGCAGAAGGCGCCUACUCUCGUUGAUCCCGACCCGCGCAUUGGUAUCGGCUGCUGCUUCUGGCAGCUGGGCUUCAAAGAGGACGCCAAGGCUGCAUGGGAGAGGUGUCUGGAGAUCAAUGCGGACUCCAAGGUGGCUGAUAUUCUGCUGGGCCUCUACUACCUCAACAGCAGCGCGCAGGUGCCGAGCAACAGCCCCGACUUCAUCCGGCUCUACAAGAAAGCCAUGACGGAAAACACGCAGAAGGCUUUCAAGCUGGACAAGAACAUGCCGCUGGCGUGCUCGACGUUUGCGGGGUAUUUCCUGUCGCGCAAGUCGCUCGCCAACGUGGAGUCUCUGGCGCAGAAGGCGAUCCAGAACACAGAUGUGAACGCAAUUGCCAGUGACGGGUGGUAUCUGCUGGCACGCAAGGCCCACCUGGACGGCGACUUGGGCCGCGCAGCGGAUUACUACCGACGCUCAGACGAGGCACGUGGCGGAACAGAACGAGGCUACCUGCCGGCCAAGUUUGGUGUUGCGCAGCUGUCUGUGGUGAAGAAUGACCUGGGCGAGGCGAAGCUGCGUCUCGAAAAGAUGAUCCAGCAGUCGAAGAGCCUGGAAGCCAUGGCACUUCUGGGAACUCUGUAUGCCGAGGAGGUGUUUGCAAGCGAGCGGUCGUCGGUGAAGGAGGACAAGGCGGCAGAAAAGAAGAAGGCAAUUGCUCUUCUCGAGAGCGUGAGGGGGGCGUGGAAGGACGCGAAGAAGAACUUGUCGCCGGACUCGGCCGUUCUCCUGAACCUCGGACGGUUGUACGAGGGCGACCAGCCGGACAGGGCGUUGCAGUGUCUCCAGCAGGUGGAACAGAUUGAGCUGGACCAGAUUGUGGAAUCGGAGAAGGCGCCGGAGGGAACGGACGAGGCAACACACCGGGAGUCACUCCGGAAGCUCCUCCCACCCCAGCUGCUGAACAACGUGGGCUGUUUCUACUACCAGGCGGACAAGCAUGAGCAGGCGAGCCAGACAUUUGAGCUGGCGCUGGACGCGUGCGUGAAGAGCCAGAGCAAGGGCGACGACGAGACGGACGCGGACGCAUUGGUGACGACGAUCAGCUACAACCUAGGGCGCAGCUACGAAGUGCAGGGGGUGCUGGACAAGGCGGUGGAGGUGUACGAGGGCCUGCUGAAGCGGCACGGGGGGUACACGGAAGCACGGCUGCGGCUGGCCUACAUGCAACUGCGGCAACACCCUAAUGACGGCGGCCCGGAUGCGGUAGCGAAGCUGUACCAAGACAACCCGAGCGACCUGGAAGUGCGGGCGCUGUACGGGUGGUACCUGGGCAAGGUGCAUGCGAAGAAGCGGCCGGCGAACAUUGCAGAGGAUCUGGAGCUGCGGCACUACAAGCACACGCUGCAGAACUACGACAAGCACGACCGGUACGCGCUGGUGGGGAUGGGCAACCUGUACCUCCUGUCGGCGCGGGAGAUGCGGCGGGAGACGGAGCAGGAGCGGCAGAAGCGAAGCGCGACGUACAGCCGUGCGGUGGAGUUUUUCGAAAAGGCACUGCAGCUGGACCCGAAGAAUGGAUAUGCGGCACAGGGCAUUGCGAUCGCGCUGGUGGAGGAUCGGAAGGACUACCGAAAUGCGCUGCCGAUCUUCCUGAGCGUGCGGGACACAGUUCGCGGCGCAAACGUGUAUGUCAACCUGGGGCACAUCUACGCAGAGCUGCGACAGUUCUCCAAGGCGAUUGAGAACUACGAGGUGGCACUGACGAAGGAGGGCAAGGGCAAAGGGGCAGGAGCGGACACGACAAUCCUCUCGUGCCUCGGACGAACGUGGUUCAACAAGGCCAAGGUGGAGAAGGACCUGGAUGCGUACAAGGAGGGUCUGGAGUGCGCGAAGAAGGCGCUGGAGGCGGCUCCGGAGCAGGUGCACUUCAAGUUCAACGUGGCUUUUGUGCAGAUCCAGCUGGCAUCGACGAUCUACGGGCUGAGCGAGAGCCAGCGGACGCUGCAGCAGCUGCAGGAGGCGGCGAGCGGGCUGGAGGAGGCGAUCAAGGCGCUGGACGAGAUUGCAGCACACCCACAGACGCCGUACCCGAAGCAAGACGUGGAGCAGCGAGCGAACAUGGCACGCAACACGCAGCGACGACAGCUGGAGCGGGCGAUUGCAAGCCAGCGAGACUACGAAGAGAAGAAUAAGGAGAAGCUGGCGGCAGCGCUGGAACAGCGACAGGCGGAACUGCGACGGCGGGAAGAGGAGCGACAGAAGGUGGUGGCGCUGGAGCAGGAGCGAAAGGAGAAGAUCCGCAAGGAGCGGGAGGCGAUUGCGGCGCGCGACCGGGAGCUGGCAGAGAAGCAAGCGGAGGGGCGAGCGGAGGAGGAGCGGUCGCGACGGGAGGUGGAGAUGACGACAGACAGCGAGACGGGCGAGAAGGUGAAGCGGAAGCGCAAGUCGGCCGCGGCCAAGGGCGAAGGGCGAGCGAGCAAGGGACGGCCGCGGCGGAAGAAGGCACGCGACGAGGAAGACGAGGACGAGGAAGACAACAACGGAGACUACGGCGACAACGGGGACGAGAACAACGGAUCGGAGGCCGAAGACAGCCAGCCAAGGCCGAAGAAGCGACGGCUGCUGUCGAGUCGAAGCGGCGCCAAGAGCAGUGCCAAGUUCAAGUCGUCGGAGCUGGUGCACAGCAGCGAUGAUGACGACGACGACGAGGAGGGCAACGAGGGGGCCAAGAAUGGAGAUGGGGAUGAAGGCAACGAUCUGCUGGAUGAGACGGAUGCGGCGAUUGAGAGGCGGCGACGGGGUCGGGCGCACGACUCAGACUCGGACAGAGACCAGGCAGAGAGGUCGGACCGGAUGGAGAUGGACUCGGACGGCAGCGAGAAGGAGGACGGACGGACGUCGCAGCCGAGCAAGCGAGGCCGUCGGGGCGGACGGGUGCUAGAGGACGAGAGCGACGAAGAGGCGGCAGAAGACGAGAGCGGGCCACGAAGACGGGCAAUGAGCGAUGAUGGGGAUGAAAGCGUUCGUCUCGAUGUGAUCGUGCGUCACGACUGCGACUGCGACUGCGACUGCGACUGCGAAUGCGACGAGUCCAUGGACCACUUCAAUGUGACGGUGCAGAAGAAUGGCACGCUCGUGUCGACGCGGCGCGGACUGCAGGUGUCCAAGCACAAGCACAACGGCAUCUCGUUUGUGAACGCGUCCGGUCCGGCCGUGUCGUCGACCGCGGGCGACAGCAGCAGCGUCGAUGUCGGGCGGAGCAGCCGGGCGGCUGACGGGGUGAGGGUGGUCGAUGGCGGAAGCAAGAGCGGCGUGGCCCAGGCGCCUAAGCCGACACCGACAUCGACGUCGAAGCCGAAGAUGCUGGCACAUCGGUGGAAGUUUGUGACAAAGCCGGUCAAGGCGGCGGCGGGUGAGCGGAAGCGAGACGGCGGACGGCAGGCGGAAACGGAGACAGAAACAGAAACGGCGACUCCAUCCCAAGCGCCAUUCCCUUCCCAGAUGCAGACGGCCUUCUCGGCCUCGACCAGCAGCAAGCGGACCCGGAAGCAGCCACAGCCACGGACCAGCAAGGGAACCAGGGCGUCCCGGAGGAGCAGCAGCAGUAGCAACAUCAUCAACACCAACAUCGCCCCCACCAUCCUCUCGAUGCCCGCCUGGACCUGCCGGAUCCCCCAGCUGGACGAGGCCCAGCAGCGGGCAUUCUACCAGUCCCUGCAGCUGGUGCCGCGCAAGAUCUACCCGUUCGAGGACCUGCUGCAGUACAACCCGGCACGGUCGAGCGAGUUCUACGCCAUGGUCGUGCGCGACCCGGCCGCCGUCCGCUGCGUGCUGCUGUGCGGCGCCAUGUUCCGGGCCGUCUUGGGUGGCGGUGGCGACUCGGGCGAGCUGGCCGGCGAGGUGGCUCACGUGUGUGCCAUUGUGAGCGAGCAGCUGGCGCAGUGGACGGCAGCGACAUCGGUGAACACACCCACAAGCUCAAAUACACCGACAACACAAACACCCCCUCCCUCUACUCUCGAGUGCAUCACCACUCUCGCUCUCAUGGGCGGCUUCACCGGCCGCUACGAUCACUGGCACGUCCAUAUGCGUGGCCUUCGCCGCCUCGUCGAGCUGCAGGCCGGCACCGACGGCCCUGACGCCUUUGCUGCCGCCUUUGGCCGCCUGCCGCCGUCGCUGCAGACAAAGAUGCGCAAGACCGAUCUCAAGGGUGCCAUCGCCCUCGGCACCGCCCCCUACCUGCCGUUUGUCCGCUCCUGCGCCAACGCGUCCGACGACGUUCUCACGCCCGCCGCCCGUUCCUACAUUGUCGCUGCCGUGGCUGCCCUGCUGGCGCCCUUUGGCACGGCCGACACGACCGUCGGCGUCGGCGUCGGUGAUUUCGGCACUUCUUUCGGCACCUUCGGCACUUCUUUCGGCCUCGGCACUUUCGGCACCCCCACCUCCCUCACCCAAUAUGACUGCGACUACGACGACUACGACUACGACUACGACUACGCCGGCAUCUACAGCUACAGCUCCGGCUACCACCACACCCAUUAUGGCUACGCCUAUGGCGGCACCGUGCGGCCGCCCGUCAUUGACGCCGUCGGCCAGCUGUGCGUCUUUGCCCGCGCCGUCCAGCUGACCGCCCAUCGAGCCGCCACCAACGAACCCCUGCCGCUCGACCCCUACAGCUUCUCCGAGGAGCUGCACUGGCUGCAGCACCAGCUCGUCUGCCAGCCCGCCGCCCUGCGCGACUCCGCCGGUCAGCAGAGCGGCCUGUCGUUUGACUAUGCCGCCCCCCCAACUCUGUUACCGCCUCCGCCUCCUCUCCUCCCCGUCGAUCCCGCUGGCCUGCAGACGGAUGACUUUGUGCGCAACCACCAGGCCCCCCUGACCGUCCCCUUGCCCGUGCCGGCUGCCUACGACAGCACCGACGGAACGCCUGUCAGCUUCCUCGAGCCGGCCUUGCGCAUCUGUGCCCUGCUCUACCUCAAGGAACUCAUUCCCGACUUCCCCCGCAAUCUUGGCGGCUAUGCCGUCCUGCUUCACCUUCUGCGCACCCAUCUUCGCCCGAGCCUCUGGCUGGACGGUGCCUCCGGUGGCGCCCCUACCCCUACUGGCCAGCUGCUCACCCAUGGCCGCGCCCGUGCCGUUCUGCUCUGGGUCUGUCUCCUCGGAGAUGCCGUCUCUCGCAUCGCCGAUACCAACGAACGCCGCUCUGGCCCCGACUGCUACGACCGCUCUGUCUUCCGCGCCCGUCUCGUCGAGCUGGUCAGCAGCAGUAAUAGCAUUAGUAACAGCAAUGCCAACAUCGGUAGCACUGGCAUCGGAAACGGUGCUGCUGUCCAUGGCACCCUGCUGCCCGAUGGCGACUGGGCCCUCUGUCACCUGCUCGAUCUGCCCAAAAUUCGACCCGGCGGCGAGCAUGACCAGCAGGCCGUGCUGCAAAUGUUGGCCGAGGCCCAAGAACCCUCACCGCCGAUCCUAGACGGCGCUUUUAUCCUUUGA